AUGGCACUGAACGAGCCUGUGAAGGCGAGGUACAGGAUGUCGGACUUGAAACGAGCACAGAAAAACGCCAAGAUGACCAGCAAUCUUUCCAAAUGGAUCCGAACGGGAGUAAAGGAGAGAAGAGACCUGGAGGAGGACAGCUACAAAUCGCACGAUCAGAUGGGACAUCAAGGAACAGACAAGGUGCAACAAAGUAUACUGCACCAAUAUGACUGGCCAGGACUGAGGGAAACUUGCGAAAGGAGGGUGGACGCAUGUUUGUCGUGUCUACAAGUGAAAGACCCGAGGAAGAGGAAGUUCCCUCUCAAAUUGGUGGAAAGAUCAGAAUUCAAUGAGGUCGUACAGAUAGACCAUCAAAAGAUCUGCAUAACGGAAUUAGGAUAUAACCAGAUAUUGGUAAUCAUAGAUCACUUCAUGAAACUAGCGGAAGCAGUACCGAGUCAGACGGCCUCGUUUAAAGAGGAAGCUGAAGAACUCUGA